AUGGAUGCCCACCCCUGGCCACGUGGUGCAACUGCAGCCUUGAAACCCUCCCAAAACUCAACCAAGGACAAGCCAACCAAGAACAAGGUCCAAACAUUGCAAGACGUGUUUGAAAAGAACUUCAGGCCUAUCACAGCGCCUGUGAAACAUGACCGUGUCUCGGUACUCUUGCUUUCUUGGGACCAGAAGGAGUCCGAUAUUCACGUCCUGCCAGAGAUCGAGGAACUCGCUUCAGUGUUCAAAAAUGAUUACCAGUUCAACAUUCGUCAAGAGCAGCUGAAGGAGCACAAAAAAGUCAAACUAGAGCUUGAGCGCAUUCUCAUUGAUUUCCUCCUAGAGGCUGAUGACCCUCACAACCUCUGCAUCGUAUACUACGCUGGUCAUGGUUUUAGCGGGAAGAAUGAGGGCGAACUCAAUAUCACAAAGUAA